GUAACAUCAUCGGCUCGGGGAUUUUCGUGGCGCCGCGCGGGGUCCUGGCGCACUCGGGGGCCGCGGGGCCGGCGCUGCUCAUCUGGGGCCUGUCGGGGGCGGUGACGGCCGUGGGCGCGCUGUGCUACGCCGAGCUGGGCGUGGCCCUGCCCCGCCCCGGCGGCGACUACGCCUACGUGGCGCACGCCUUCGGGCCCCUCGUCGGAUUCCUGCGGCUCUGGAUCUCGGUGCUGGUGAUUUACCCGACCAACCAGGCGGUGAUCGCGCUCACCUUCGCCAACUACGUCCUGCAGCCGCUCUUCCCCACCUGCGGCACCCCCGAGGCCGCCCUCAGGGUCCUGGCUGCCGCCUGCCUGCUGCUGCUGACGUGGGUGAACUGCCGCAGCGUGCGCUGGGCCACGCGGGUGCAGGACGUGUUCACGGCGGGGAAGCUGCUGGCGCUGGCGCUGAUCGUGGGCGCCGGCGCCGUGCUCAUCGCCAGGGGUGAGCAUUUCUGGCUCCGCCCCUCGCAGGCGUUUUCCUGGUGGGCGGAGCCGGGGGCGGGGCCUCUGUUCCUGGCCUGCCUGCAGGGAUCCUUCGCCUACGGGGGAUGGAACUUCCUCAACUACGUCACCGAGGAGCUGGUGGAGCCCCAGAGGAAUUUGCCCUUGGCCAUCUCCAUCUCCAUCCCGCUGGUGACGUUCCUGUACGUGGCGGCCAACGUGGCGUACCUGGCGGCCAUGAGCCCCGGGGAGAUCCUGCAGAGCGACGCCGUGGCCGUGACGUUCGGGGAGAAGGUUCUGGGCCCCCUGGCCUGGGUGAUGCCCUUGGCCGUGGCUCUCUCCACCUUCGGCGGCGUCAACGGCUCCCUCUUCACCUGCUCCAGGCUGUUCUACGCGGGCGCCCGCGAGGGGCAGCUGCCGGCGCUGCUCGCCAUGAUCCACCUGCGGCGCCACACCCCCGUCCCCGCCCUGCUCGUCACCUGCGCGUCCACGCUGCUGAUGCUGGUGACCGGCGACAUCUACACGCUCAUUAAUUACGUGGGCUUCGUUAAUUACCUCUGGUACGGCGUCACCGUGGCCGGGCUGGUGCUGCUCCGCUGGAGGGAGCCCCAACUGCCACGCCCCAUCAAGGUGCACCUGGCGUUCCCGGCCGUGUACCUGCUCUUCUGGGGGGCCCUCCUGGCCUUCUCGGUGUGGUCGGAGCCGCUCGUGUGCGGCGUCGGCCUGGCCGUGGCGGCCACCGGCGCCCCCGUGUACCUGCUGUGCCUCCGGGGGGGACCCCGGCCCCCCGGCAUCCAGAGCGCCAUGGGCGCGCGUGACGCGGUUCGGGCAGCGCCUCCUAUUGGUCGUUUUUUUACGGAAAUCGCCGAAGUUUCACACGGAAAUUUCCGAACUUUAAUCGGGGAACAAAAAUCCCGAAUUCCUCCGGAAAUUCCCGAACUCCUCCGAGUCUCCCCGACACCGGAAACACCCGAAGAGCCCCGGGAACAACCGGAAAUACCCGAAGAGCACCGGAAACGCCCGAAGAGCCGCCGGGAACGCACGGAGAGUUACGGAAACACCCGAAGAGCCACGGGAAGCAACGGAAGGCGACGGAAACAGCCGAAGCGCCGUGCGGAAGUUGCCGAAGCCGCCGUCCGGAAGCGUCCGAAGGCGCAGCGCAAGCGGCGCCACACCAAGAUGGCGGACGGGGAGGAGGUGACUCUGGACGGGCGGCCGCUCCAUCUGCUGCGCGUCGCCGACCUCAAAGCGGCCCUGGAGCAGCGAGGGCUCGCCAAGAGCGGCCAGAAGAGCGCCCUGAUCAAGCGGCUGCGAGGGGCGCUGAUGUUGGAGAACCUCCAGAAGCACUCGAGCCCCCACCCCACCUUCCAGCCCAACUCCCAGAUGGGCGAGGCCAUGGGGCAGAACAGCUUCAUCAAGCAGUACCUGGAGAAGCAGCAGGAGCUGCUCCAGCAGCGCCGGGACCCCCCCGAGCCCCACG